AUGCCCAGAAGAACUGCUCUGGCUGCUCGCCAUAUCACCCCCUCAAACCGUAUGCGAGCGUAUGCUGCGUGUACCGAAUGCAGGCGUCGUAAGCGCAAAUGCGACGGGGAAAGGCCAUGUUCCUCCUGCAAGAAUUAUGGUUACAAUUGCUCCCUCGCGUCUACGAGCGAGGCCACGACAAGCGGCGGUGGCCCCGUGCCCUCUCGACCGACACCUCUCGAUAACACCGCAGACCCAUCACAAGCCAUUUCCUCUGAAGAAGUCGUUGUCAGCAAGGAACGGGGACGUCUGGUCAAUGCUCACAGUGCUGCAGUAUAUCCGUUUCUUGUUGGUCGGGGGCUGGAUGCUGCAGAACCUCCAAGACUGCAUUCCUACGCCUGGAAUCUCGGUCUCCAACCAGAACGGCGAGGGACCGUCGACACCCAGCUCUCCCAAUAUAUCACAUUGGAAGAAUGCCGGCAGCUUUCUGCAGUGUAUUUUGAGACUGUUCACUCCUUCUUCUCGUUUCUGCGCCAAGAUAAUUUCUUGAUGCGAAUAGAACACGCCUGGCACAACCUGGAGGAAAGCAGUAUAAAUUUCGCUGCCGUCGUCGCAGGAGUUGCGGCACUGGGUUCUUUCUUCUCCAGCCGACGCCAUCCACAGGAGGAGAACCUCAAGAAACACUGCGUCUCCACCCUCGAACUGGCUUAUUCGACACCUGCCAGCGCCAUUGACUUGGACUCUGUCUCUGGGCAGAUCCUCAGGACCCUGUAUGCUCGACUGACGACCCGGCCGGCAGUGGCCUGCUUAGCAAGCCAUAAUGCAAUGCACUUGGUGGAAAUCAUGGGCUUACAUGCCUUGUUCUCUGCACCAAGCACGUAUAACCUCUCGGAGAAGAUAGGUCUCGGCAUGGAAGAGAUUAGAGAACGACGGAUGCUCUACUGGACAGCUUCAUUCUUGGACCACUUACUGAGCAUCGAGUAUGGGAUGACGCCGGUGGCUUUGUCUGUGAUAUCAAAUGUCUACACGGCUUCCCAUGAAGAGUCACCCAAUGAGCACAUUCUAUCAUCUCUCACGAAGGCCCUAGUUUCUAUGCACCAAGCCUCGAAAGAUCCAACAGGAAUGAAAAUAAUCGACGAGGCCUUUCACCAACUUGGUCAAGUACUGGAUGUUUCGCCAAUAGCAUCAUUAUUCAAGGCUGAAGUGUGCCUAUGCCUGCUCCGGCAGUCCCCCAUCAACCUUCUAGCGCGCAACGGCAACCCUGCGAGUGUUUCGAUCUUGAAAAAGGCCUUGCAGGCUAUCCCUGAGCUCCUGUUCGCCAGGCAACCUUGGUGGUGCUUGUCAACUGUCCCGUUCCAGACCGUUUGCGUAUGCUUGGCGGCAGACACGCCUCUAUACCUAUCUCUUUUGCCCGAGAGCAUGAGCACUCUCAGGGCCGUUGUCGACACCUUUGACUCGCACAUGACACGGGAGGCUUUGAAGACAGCACAGCAGUUGAUUGAGGCAUCGAGGGAGAACACCAUGUCUAAGCUGUCGUUCAAAUCCUCGGCGUUGGGUGAAGACCCGGCGACCGUGAACACGGAAGCGACAUGGCUACCUGAUGAGCAGACCCCGGAUCUUCUGGGAAGCUGGCCACUCGACUUGGACUUUAUUCCAUAUUUUGAAGAGCUAGACACCUCCAUCGUCUUUCUUUUCUUAUGCCUCGACCUGCUUGGAGGCGGCGGUCUCGGUGGGCUGGUUCUGUCCGAGGUACUCGGACUUCUUGAGCAUGUUCCACUUGUCCUCGUCGGCGUCGAGGUGGCGGAAGGAGAACCAGAAAGCAACACCACCAACGAAGGCGAUGCAGGCGACGGUGGUGUAGUUCCAGACGAGGAGGGGGUCGCCGGAGAGAGGCACGAAGGCCUGGCCGAUGGCGGCGGAGACGGCGCUCAUGAAGAGGUUGACGCUCAUGACGAGGGACUUCAUGUUCUCGGGGGCCUUGGAGAAGGCGUACUCGUAGGAGGUGACGUUGGUGAGGAUCUCGGCGAUACCGACGAGGAUGUAGGGCAGGGACUGGGCCCAGACGUUGAUGGGGGCGGGGGGGCAGGUCUCGCCCGUCUUGGGGGACUUGCCGUCGGUGACGUACCAGCCGCAGUCGGGGUUCAUCUCGUAGAUGUAGUACUGCAUGACGGCGGCGGCGACCAUGGAGAGGGCGGCGACGAUGAAACCGGCGGUCAUACGCUUGAUGGGGGUGGCGGAGAGGCCGAUCUUGCGGAGGCCGGGGUAGACGACGUGGUCGAAGAUGGGGACCAUGAUGACGAUAGAGAUAGGGUUGAGGUUCUGGAUGAUAUCGUUGGGGACGCCGUGGAGCUCCAUGGUGCCGGCCUGAAUGGUCAGGUUACCGGUCAUCUGGUUGUAGGCGAGGAAGAAGACGGGCAGGAAGAGGAAGACCUUGCAGGCCAUGAGACCACGGCGGACUUCGUCGACCCAGGCGUCAUCGUAGGUCAUCCAGGCAGGGCGCUCAGCAGUGGGGAUGCCAGAGGGCUUGGCGACAUCCCAGUCGAACUUGAAGGCCUUGGAGCGGCUGCGGACGUACCAGAACAUGCGCAGGAACUUGGAGAGCAGGGAGCCGGUGGGGGGAGUGAGCUUGUAAUUCUUCUUCUGGGACCAGAGAACGAAGGGGGAGGUGAGGAACAGGAUGGUGGGGAUGAGGAAGGCCAGCCAGAAGCUGUGGAGCUUCUCGACCCAGACCAUGGCGAUCUGUCCACUGCAAGAACCCAGGUUGAUACAGAAGUAGAAGUACAGGAAGACACGGGUGUUGGUCACAGCGGGGUCAACAAUGACACGCUCGCCGUUGCGCUCCUCAACACGCAUGCGGCUGUCCUCAUUCUGCUCAGCAAGCAGGGGAGAGACGUUGGCCUUGAAGAAACCGGUACCGACACAGAGGCAGAGAAGACCAAUGAUGAAGGCAGCGAAGGCUCCGUCGGGCUUGACGAUGACGUCGGGGAUGGAAGAGAUGACGAGGAUAACGUGGGCAAUGGUAGAGAUACCAAUGGCCAGAGGCAUGAGGUAGGCGAAGAACUGGUUGAAGAGGGUCAAAGCCUGGGCGGCUCUGGCACCCAUGCCCAGAGCACCGGGCUUGCCAUCGGUGAUGAUGGGAGAGCCGGUGGUGGAUCCAUCGGGGAGAGGGUUCUUGAUGAAGUUGGUGUAGAGCACCGAGGAUCCGUAGUAGGAGAAACGCUCGCACAGUUCUACGAAGGCGAUCGUCCACAUGGACCACUUGAUGGGGCCGGAGACACGGCGCAGAGUGCGCAGCUCCUCCUCGGUAGGCUUGUCGGGCCACCACUCAUCAUCGUCGGAGCUCGAGUUGGCGUCAUGAGCCUCGAGGGUCUCCUUGAGGGUCUCCUUCUCACGGGAGACAUCAAGGGACUUAUUGCCGGGGUUGCUGUGCUCAGGGUCGGCCAGACCGGCACGGGCGAUGACGUCCGUGUCGAGGUUGACGGCGUUGGUCAUCUUGGCGACGUUGUCCAGCGAUUCUCUACAAAUGUCACUUUGUCGAGAACAGUGUUACUCUGUUGUCGUUCCCUUUUGUGGUCACCUAGGAUAGGUGAUAGGGCAGGUAUUAAUAAGGGAGCCCAGGGAUGGGGAGAAAGGGAUGAAGAAGAAAGAGAAUGCCUCAAUGAACGCGUCGAGAGAGGACUCAAUAUAUAG